GUGAAGGGGAGCGCAUGCCUUGUUUUCACAUCGAGAGACGAAGGAGCUGGCUUCAGUUUGAUUUCAGUUUCCAGCUACCGUGUUGUCGACAUUGUGAAAUGCACACAUAGUUUCCGACUUAUCCAUUUCUUGUUACGUUUUGGAGUUAAUGCGCGUGUAAAUGUAUCUCAUCGCAUUGUAAAUUGUGUUUUGAGACCGAGCCGGUGGUCAUGGAAGGAUCCGGAUGAGAGAGGGAGACAUCCAAGAGAUGCCGAGAAUUCGACUUUGAUUCGUAAUUUGACAACAGCUUUGGCGGAGGAUUGUCCUUCGUAAUUUGAUAAUCGUUGAAGGUUCCAAGUCUAAGCACUGGCAUAAUGAGUGGGAGAAUUUUGAACAACCUGUGUUGAGGGAUACGGAUUGAAGCCAAUGUGUUUAGUAUUGCCAUGAAUCCUGUCCUAGGGAGGAAGUUUUCAGCGGCGUUGUGUACUUAUGUACUUUGUGUAGAAUGGUUAUGUGCGUUUUUCCGUUCGAAUCUUGGGGUAUUAAUGAGAGAAGUGUCGUUGAGUUUGAACUGUGAAAUUAUAUAAUUUCUUUGCGGGCGUCGGGAUAAUGGAGCGUAAUUAUGUCUGAUGCGAAAAGGAUUCCACGAGCUGUGUGGGAGACAACUUGAUCUAUGGCUUACCAGAGCGAAAACAUAGUUGUUCUUUAGAAUAAUAUUGGUCGUUAGUCUGGUCUAUUCUGAGGUGACUGCUAUUUACUGAAUAGUUGCAAUCUCGUCUCCUUUUUAUUGACCGUCAUUUUCGCUGUAGUUUUCGAAUUGAAGAACCAUGGAGACUGUGGCUGAGAGUUAACAUACGUCUUGUCGAUCCUUAUCCCCGAAGAGAGUUGGUCUCAUACGCAUUUGAAUGCUAAGGAGAGCGGAGUGACAGCUACUUGCGGGCUUUAUGUUAGUCAAAGAGACUACGGCGAAGACGGAAUAAAACUAUCUCCUCGCCAGGCGAUUUAAAUAGUUUUUGAUUGUUUCUCAGGUGUUAGGUUGAGGAUAACCAUUUUUUUUCUACUACGGACAUCUCUAGAAAAGUAGCCAGUCGAGGUUUAAUAAUUGAGGUAGAGUUUGUUUUCGAAGUUUUUACAUAAGUCGCAUUCUCUGUAUCAGAUGUUGCAAUGCGAAUUUAAGAAGCUUAGAAGGUCAUUUGGUCGCAUUAUGAGCUUGUAGAAGUAAAGCAAUUGAAGGUUGCAACAAUAGCAAGCAGAGAGGUAGUGUGACUAUAAAUUAUUCAGCCUAUAACAGGAGCAAGAAAAUCUCAGAGGAAUGACAUUAAGAUCGACAUUCUCGCGCCGCCAUCAAUUGCAGGAUUCACUCAAGAAACAGGAAAUUGGCACAAAUCUGCCAUUGUAUCUUGGAAGACAGCCGCUCCAUCCUAUUCCAGAAUCAUCCCAAAAUUCCUGCUCAAUGUUGGAGCAGACGGAGCCAGAUUCACCAUUCAGAGCUCUAACAACAAUAGGCAAGAAACGGGGAGCUGCAGUCUACAGGCAGCAUGAGAAUAUCGAAUUUAACAUUAACUCCGCGUCCAACAAGUCCCCAGAAAAGUCUCGCGAAAAACGGACGACUCUGACUAGGUCAGCCACCAGGAUUUCUUCGCCCUGGCCCUCUAAACUGCCAGUCACGGCUUCCAUAGCUCGCUCACUGCAAGAGAGUUCGCGAUCGACUGAGUCUGCAAGCAAGAGCUGGAACAUGCCUGUUAAUGCAGGGAGCACUCCUGCAACGAGUAAUCAAAUACCUGCAAUUUCGAACACUGGAGCUAGCAAGGCAGGGUCCAGUGAGCAAACCCCUCGAACGUCGAGAUUCACGAACAAGCCUCCUGUAGAUUCCGAGACUUCGAAGAGUUGGGUCAGCUCGACCAACUUGUCCCUCCUCCAGUCUACUCCCAGCCGCAGAGUAAGUAGAUUACUUAGGUAUGGCGCUACUCCUGACAGCGCAGCCAGUGUAGGGAGCACACGGGCGACUGAAAGUGGGAGAUCGUCAGGAUCUAUGCAAUUUUACAUGAGCAGGCAGACUUUGGAACAGCAAUUUGAUGUCGAGGAUGAUCCCACGUUCUGGGAGGAUCAUAAUGUUCAGGUAAUAAUUCGCACUCGACCCAUCAGCGCAUCUGAAUCCGCGUUGAAAGGCUUCAGCACAUGUGUUCGUCAAGAGAACUCCCGUAGCAUCACCUGGAUUGGUCCACCAGAGGCGAGGUUUACUUUCGAUCAUGUUGCUGGGGAACACAUCUCACAGGAGAAACUUUUUAAGGUGUCAGGUGUGCCUAUGGUCGAAAACUGUAUGGCUGGCUACAACAGCUGUAUGUUCUGUUAUGGUCAGACAGGAAGUGGUAAAACUCAUACAAUGCUAGGAGACAUCGAGGACCUUGAAAACCAACCCAGCGAAAGCCGAGGCAUAACACCACGGGUGUUUGAGUAUCUAUUUUCCCGGAUAAAGAGGGAAGAAGAAGCUCGAACCAAUGAGCACAUGAAAUAUGUCUGCAAGUGCUCCUUUCUAGAGAUAUAUAAUGAGCAGAUAAUAGAUCUAUUGGAGCCAACCUCUACGAAUUUGCAGUUGCGAGAAGGUGGCAAGAAAGGAGUGUACGUAGAAAACCUAUUGGAGAUUGAGGUGGGAAGUGACCAAGACGUUGUUCAGCUCCUCCUAUUGGGAUCUGCCAACAGGAAAGUGGCUGCCACAACUAUGAACCGUGAGAGCAGUCGCUCACACAGUGUGUUAAUCUGCACCAUUGAAAGCAGAUGGGAAUUAAACUCAAUGACAAACUCUCGGUUUGGCCGAUUGAAUCUCGUUGAUCUUGCAGGAUCUGAGAGACAGAAAUACUCAGGUGCUGAAGGAGAUCGAUUGAAGGAGGCCUCUAACAUAAACAAGUCACUCUCCACCCUUGGACUCGUCAUCAUGAUACUCGUCGAUGUGGCUGGUGGGAAACAGCGUCAUGUGCCUUAUCGCGAUUCAAGACUCACAUACUUAUUGCAGGAUUCCUUGGGUGGGAAUUCCAAGACUAUCAUGAUAGCAAAUAUCAGUCCUUCUAGCUGCUGUGCUCUUGAAACUCUGAGUACAUUGAAGUUUGCUCAACGUGCGAAAUUCAUCCGAAAUAACGCCAUUGUGAAUGAAGAUGCCUCCGGAGAUUUGAUUGGGCUUCAUCAAGAAAUACAAGAACUGAAGGAAGAGUUGGACCGCAUGAAAAGGCAAUGCUUGCCAAGAGCGCCAUCUAUGCCCUCAGUAACAUCAGCUGACCAAGAUGGCAUGCAGAAAGGAGACCACAAUCUGAGAUUGGCAGUAGUUACACUUGAUGAACAUGAGCAAUCUCGAUGUUCCUUGGAUUCGUGGGAAUUCAGCAAGUCCUUUUCUGGUUCACGAUUUCGACUUAAAAAGCUAGAAUCUAUGGAGGCAGUGCUGGCAGGAGCUCUCAGAAGAGAGCAGGAGGCAGAGUUAACUCAAAAGAGACAAGCAUCCGAGAUUGAACAGCUGAACCGCCUGGUGAAACAACGGGAAGAUGAUAGUCAAUGCAGCAAAAUGUUAUUACGAUUUCGAGAGGAUAAGAUAAAAAGACUUGAAGCUCUCUCAGCAAGCAUUACACCAGCUGACAUGUACCUUAGGCAAGAGAAGGAAUGUCUUAUGAACGAGUUGCAGCUUGUACAAGCAAAAUUUGAUCGUAACCCGGAGCUCACGCGCUUUGCUAUCGAAAAUAUUCGGCUACUGGAGCAACUUCGCAGGUUUCAGGACUUUUACGCAGGUGGAGAGAGGGAGGCCAUGGCUGAUGAAAUCUCCAACUUGAGAGAUCAGCUGCUUGAAGUUCUGGACAGCAAGUUAUCACUUACAGCUCUUACUUCGCCUCAGAGAGAAGCAUUGGCACCUGAGCUUGCUGCUGCCAAGCGGGAAAUCGAGCUACUGCGAAUUGAAGCUGACAACUAUCGAAGGGAGGUUGAUGAUUGCCGGAAAAACCUGAGCAUAAGUUUGGAAGCAAACUCAAGUUUGACGGAGGCACUGGAUGAAUCAAGCGCUGAGCUUCGAGAAGCGAAGUUGGAGAUUCAAAUUUAUCAAGAGGAGCUCCAAAAGCUUCGGGAGCAGGUACUGAAUGUUGAAUCAUGUGAACAGGUACAUGCCCAGCAUGUAGAGCUCGUAUCAAAUCCUAAGACUAAAUCGCAGCAGAGCGAGGAUGGAUCGACACAUGAUCCCAGCUUGCGGUCUGAUCUCGAUGAGCAGCUCAACGUGUCUUUACGGAAAUCAGCUGAUUUCCAAACAGAGGUUCAGGAAACCAGGGGAGUACUGAACGCAGCGGAGACGCUUGUGAAUCAAUUGCAACAUGUUGAAUCAUGCCCUUCAAUUGUCAAGGAAAUGGCUGCGUUGGGACAGGACGCCAUUAGGAAAAUACACUUGGGAGCGAGGGAGAUGGACUAUCAGCGCCUGUCCUUCAAACAUUUUGAAGCAGCCGUUGCAGCACGCUUGAAGGAAUCUGGCUUGAGGAGGGAGCAAAGUGAAGCACAUUCAUUGAUAGAGAAACUGUCCGCAAAAGCCUAUGCCCCGGCAUCGCUAACUGAUGAUGAGCAAGCUGUAGAAGUUCCAUGCAGGAACAAUGCUUUAGUCAUCACUGAGCUGUUGCAAGACCUGAAGCCACUAGAUCUUUCGUCUGAAAGCGGUUGCACACAGAAAAACAUCAUCCAAAAUGAAUCUGCGUUAAAGGUUGACAAUGACGCCGAAUUAAAUGAUGGGUCUCCCUCGAGGAUAGGGGUGGGAACGCGAAAAAAUAACCUUGUGGCUGUGCAAUUGGUAGAUGAAGUGGUAGAAUCUGCCCUUACCGAAGUUUUCUGUGAGAUAGAAGGAAUAAACGAUGUCCCCUUAAAACAAUCGACUGCUUCUGACAGAGUAGGAGAACAGGAACGCAUCAAUAUGCAACAAUCCAAUACGUCAUACUGCCCUGCAGGAAAAAAUCAUACAGGAAUAGCAAAACAGACUGGUCGCAUCAAUAGUUGUAACUGCAUUAAGAGAGAUUUUUCCAUUUGCUUUAUCAUGUUGCCAUGGUAUUCAGAUACUCUAGCAUUUGAAUGUACUGCAAACAACAAGCUGAGACUGCAAAUUGAAAUUGCUAAUGAGGAGCUGCAGAACAAAGAUUCCUUAAUUUCAAGCUUACAGAGAAAUCUUGAAAGUGCUACAGUCAACAUGUUGGAAAAUAGCUCACUGGUUUCAGAGCUGCAACAUGAGAUUGACAGGGAUCAGGCUCGCCUGCAGGAAGCAGAAGCCCAGGCAGUGGCUGCAGUUUCUGUUCAAGCUAAAUUGCGUGAAGACAUUGAGAAUUAUCGGCAGAAAUUUGCUACUGCUUUGAAAAAGAUUGAGGAUACCGACAUUGAAUUAGCGCAGAUGCGGGAUGUUUUGACCAAGUUUCAAGGAGAAUUGGUUGGUUGCGAUAGAAAGAGAGAGAAGUUGGCCAUGGAAAAAGAGCAACUUGCGGUGAUUCUUGCCAUUGAUAGAGAAUUCUUUGAAAGGUCAUCCAAAGUGACUUCAAUUAUUCUUUGGUGGCUCCAAAAUAAGAUAGCAGCAGAUAAGGGAUUUCAGAAGCUCAAAUAUGAUGAUGUUAUUUCCCAAGUUAACGAGCGAAACAUAAUGGUCAUGAACUUACAGAAUGAAAUCGUCGAGUUAAAUUUGAUUUUGAAAGAGCUCAUGGAAACAAAGGAAAUUCUCAGCAAUCAGAAUAUUAAACAUGUGCAAGAAAUCGAGAAUGCAAGGAAGGAAAUGGAAACGAAAGAUUCUCUUUUAGAUGUCUUGCAGAAAAGUGUUUUGACGCUGCAAGACGAUUUAAUGACAAGUGAGGAUCGCAAUUUGCACCUGGCCUUAGCGAAGGAAAAGCUUCAGAUAAAGUUAAAUGAAAUUGCGGAACAUUUUAACUCUCUGGAGAGAAUGUUUUUUCAAGUUCAGGAAGCAGAAGCUAAGGUGGUGGCGAUGGCCAUUUUGCAAGCUGACAUGUUCAUUGUACAAGAAAAAUGGGAGGUUGAUAAAGAACGGUUAGAGGAGGUCUCAAUGGAGGCCAAACAGAGGUGCACACAGAUUGAAGAGGAGCUUGAGCUUGCACAUAAUGUGGCACAAAAAUUUGAGGCAAAACUUGAAGAAGUCCAAAUCCAAACUAUUGUUUUACGAGAAGAGAGGGAAAAAGUUGUAUCAUUUUUACAGCAAGAGUUGAAUAGAACGCAUACUUCUGCGGAAUUUUACAAGCAUCAGUUUGAGUUACACCAGGAAUUCAUGUCAGAUCUAGAUUUACGUCUUCAAAAGCACUUGAGGGACUGCGAAAUGGAGAAAGAAGCGUUGUUAGUUGAAAAAGUGGCUGCGCAAGAACAAUGCUUGAGGAAGGAUGAAGCACUAACAGCAAUUCAGUUGAGGCUUGCCACAGCGCAGUUUCAGUUGAAUGAUUCUUGUUCUCGCGAAACCAAGCUUUCUUGUGAGCUGAAAGAGUUACUGCAGUCGAAGGAGAAAAUCCAGAGCGAAAAUCAGAGGUUGAGAUUUACAUUAGAGGAGUUAAUUCUUGUUGUGGAGCAGAAGGGCCAAGAGACAUUCCGGCAAGAAAACGUCUUGGAACUGAAGUUACACAGUUUUGAAAACAAGGUGGAAGAUAUACACCGCCGGAUGAAAGAAAUACUUUUGUAUUUAGAUGCACUUUACCUUGUGAAAGAAAAGCUGGAAGCUAGGAUUGAAUGCAUCGAGCACAGGAUCUUGCAGUGCUGCUCAAGUCUUGAGAAAAAUCUUGCAAAAGCUCAGGAGGAUAGGGAUCCGAUUGAGGUCGUGGAAGCUGAACGCGAGAGUAUGUUAGCGGAGAAAUUGAGUACUGUGGCAUUAUGUUUACGCAUCCAAGCGCUGAAGGAUGAUUUGGAUGCAUUAGUGACCUUAAUCAAGCAAAAGGAAGAAGAGAUAUCCAUGUUCCGUCAAAAAUGGACUGAAUCGGAAAGUACGGCUGUUCCACUUCAAGAGAAACUAUGUACUUCGAUCUCGUUAACAAAAGAGCUUACCCGAUCAGUAGAGGAAUCGAAAUUUCAGAAGGAAGCUCUUGCUGAUGAGAAUAACAGUCUGACUAGCUACAUGGUUUGUCAGGAGAUGAAAUUUUUAUCCCUGCAGGAACAGAAGGAUAUUAUGAAGAAAAAACUGCAAAAGGAACUGUUGGAAGACCAUCUUAUAACUAAACUAGAGCUAGUUGAUUGUCAAGAACCAAAGCAAGGCUUUCACUGUAUCUUGAAAAUUUUGAAGAAGCAGGUGAUGGAAAUUGAAAAGAAGUUUGAAAUGACAAUAAAGGAUCUAGAGAUCCAAUGGAAUAUGAAGACAGGAGAACUGUUAAACCAUCUCUUCAGAACUUUUCUGGAUCGGACGGAAAUGAAAAUUUUCUCACAAAAAAUACAGUGGGAUUUAGUAGCGGCAGAGUCUUCACUGUCUGCUUCAGACACAGCUACCGGGCAGCUACUACAGAAAAUUAUACUUUUAAAAGCCGUCAAUAACCAACUACUAAAGAACCAGGAGGCAAUUCGGUUCGAGCUUUCUGAUAUGGAACAAUAUGCAUUUGAACUUCACAGAGCCAGAAGCUUUACUUCAGAGACUGAGCUAUUGCAUCAUUACCUUGACGUACUUAAGAGGGAGGUUGAAAGAAUACUAUGCGAGUGCGAAAUACUACAGACACAGAUAAAUGAUGAGGACAGCACUAUUUUAUCAUUGCAAAUAGAAAUGAAUGCAAACAUUGCAGUCUGCAGGCAGAUGGAAGUCGAGUUGGAAUGCUCAGAUCCUGGUAGGAGUGCUCUAAAGCUCGAGCUAAUUAACUUUAACAGAGCACAAGAAAACUCUCAAGAUGAGGUUCGAUGCCGAAAGUCGCCAAAGGAGCAUUAUGAAACUGGGUUUUACAACGUUAUGGAGUUACUCACAAAAUCCGAAGAGAAACUUGACGAAUCAGAACGUGAACGGCUGAAGCGAAUAGUAGAGACAGAUUCGGAGAUGGAAGCAGCAAAACUUUGCGCCACUGGAAACGGCAGUCAAGUGACAAUCAUAAGGAGAUGGUUUUCGGAAGCACGUCUCACUUUGAAGGAGGCAGAACUUCAUGUUCUUACAAUAGGUCAAGCAAAUGUAAGCGUCAUCCACAAUUUAUACAGAGGAAAGUCGAGGGAGGAUGUCAUGACGCUUCAGAGCAGAAUGAUGCCUAGUGUGGUUGAAGAGGAAGUGGCUGUUACCAUGUAUCAUGUCGAGACACGUAUUCAAUUCUUGGAUUUGGAGAUUCAUGAAGAAAAAUUGCUUCUUGGGAACAGUUGUGUAAAGACUGCAGCUGGUUUCAAUCGUGAAUUUAAAGAAUUUACCAAAUUAAAAAAUUUAAAGAUAGAAAAUGCUGUAGAGAAAGCCCGCAUGCAGUUAGAUAAGAUGAAUGUGAAGGCAGUGAAUGCGGAGCAGAGGUUCCAGAAAAGGGUGGUUGGAAAUCAGACUUCACAAAGUACCCUUGACAGUACCAGAUACUUGCUGAGAGUUUCGCAAUUGGAUGUAAAAGAUGCAACGCAUCAUAUGGAAGCGCAAUUCAAAGAAAUAGGAAGGAAAGAGGUAGAGAAUUUCGUCCAAAUAUCAACAACGCAAGCUUUUUUACAGGAUAAUGUUUCUCUGCUGAGAUACGCUGAAGAAUGUUUUUUGGAAAAGACUUGCACCGCAACUGAUGAUCACAAGUACCUUCCAGAGAGGCUGGAGACUCAAAGUAGACAGCUUCACAGGCAGUUGCAGGAAGCCUGCGCUGCAUGUACUACAUAUGAGACACAGCUCGAAAACUUCAAAAUCAUCUUGGAAAGUGUCUCAAGGCAACUGGAGGAUAAGAAGAAAAUGACAUCUACAAUUUAUGAAGAACCUGCGGAAAGAAGUGAAAAUUCUCUGGAAAUCCAUACUUCAUUGGAAACGACCGUGCAGGCUCAAGCGAACAUUGUAUGUAAGAGAGAUGAACGACUUGAAAUUGCAGACGACUCGAAAAUUGGAAACAAAACUAUCAAUAAAGAAUCAACGAAGUUAAGAAAGUGCAAUGAUUUGAAGUUGCAAAUACAUAAGCUGCAAAUCGAGCUGCUGGAUGCCUCUACCUCUGCAUCUAACCAGAGAAUGGAACUAUAUAUUCUCAAAAAAAUGGUUGAGAAAGCAGUUAAGGAUCCGAGAGAGAGGUAUGCCAUGUCAACGUAUCUUCUUAAACUUCUGAGCCAACGCCAACUGCAGUACGCAGAGAUUCUUCAAUGCUCCAAGAAGAUUAUGAGAUUGUUUUCUCCAUUUCUAUUGCAUCUUCAUGCUUGCUUUCAGGAAAAUGAGGAGCUUGAAAGGAUCAAAUCUACGCUUUCUACUGAGGUCCUUUCCCAAUCUCAAGAAAUUGGAGAGCUAAAAGCACAAUUGAAAGGUUCUAAUAAUUCUUUAUACAAAUUAAGGGGCACAUUUGCCCAGCUGAAAGAACGAAAAGAUGAGGAGCAUCACGUGUUCUCAGAUGAGUUAAAAAGGCUCAAAACCCAAGAGGCAGUUAUGGAAGCAGAUUUAUGGGAUUGGGAACAAAGAUGCCAGGACACAGAGGUACAACUUGAUGAGAAAGAAUCUGAAUUAGAAAUUCUUCGAGGGAAACUUCUUGCAACUCAGGAAGAAUGCAAGGAGCAAGUUGAAUUGAUGUAUAAGGAACUGCAGGGAUGUCAGCAACGCAUGGCUGAGAUGGAGUGCGUAAGGCAGGAAUUGAUUACAGCAAUAGCAAGAGGAUCUGCUACAGUAGCUGAAUAUCAAGAAAAGCUCGAGACGAGAGAGAAUGAAAUGGAAGAACAUUUCGCAAGACAUUGCAUUCAGCAAGAAGUACUCGACUCCCUCGAGAACGAGAUAAGAGAGUUGAAAACUACUUUGAAACACCUUAAUGCUGAAGUCGCCGCCAACCAACAGCGGGCUACAGUUGCAGAACAUAUGCAGGUGGAGACUCAACUGGGAAUUGAGGCACUUGAGAGAGAACUACAUCAGAAAAAUAACUUACUACAAUGUCUAGAAUCUGAGCUCAAUUUGCUACAAGAGUCUGCACUUCAAGAGCUCCACCUUAAGCAAGAGCUUGAUUCAUGUCGAGUUGAAACAGAUAAUCUGCAACAUGAAAUGAACUUGCAGAAAGAAAGGCGGACGCGAUUGGAGAUGGAAGUUGGUCAACUUACUGAGGAGAUUGUACAACUCAGAAACCAGGCCACGACCUGGAAAUGCAAGGCAAAUGAUCUGGAGACAGAGAUGGACAAGAAACGGCAAAUUAUUGAAAGCCUAGAAGAUGAGUUGCGCAUGAUGGACCAGAACAUAUCAAACACGCAUGAAGAGGCCACUCUAGAUCUGAAGGAUGUUGAAAUGGAGAGGGACCGACUUCAGAUGGAAGUUCUUGAGUUGACUGAGCAGCUGGAGAUGACGCAGGUGUUGGUGGAGGAGCGAAAUGCAUUUAUCUCUGAAUUGUUACAGACUGCAGAACAGGUUAAAUCUCAAGCCAGGAAGAAAGAAGAUGAAGCUGAUCUUCUAACGACUUCAGUCGAAGAGUUGGAGAGCACAGUUAACGCCCUUGAAAGUCAAUUGGACUUGCUGAAGAAAGAGGCAGAAAAGCAGCGACUGCUGAGAGAAGUUGUGGAAAUGGAGUUACAGCGGUUAAAAGAUCGAAUUUUGGUGAUGGAAUCCGCUCUUGAAGAAACAAACUCACGAAACGCUGAUGAGUUGGAGCAUGCUCUUUCUACUUUAAGAAAUACGGAGAGGAAAGUAGAGGAGAAAGAGUCAGAUAUAACACUUUUGCAAAGAAAAUUGGCGAAGAUCGACACUGCUUCUAAAGGCAAAGACGUUCAGAUAAAUGAUGUCAUAGCACAGAUAUCUGACCUCCUGCUUGCUGUUGAAGCACAGAAAACCGAAUUCCAGCAGCAGCAGCUGAAGCGGGUGGAUACAGCAGUAGAGCAAUCAAAAAUAGGAUUUUCAGAAGCCCAACCUGGUUGCACAAUAUCAAACUCAAAAGAAGUAACAGAAGAAUCUAUGUCUUUCGGCGCAAAAUCAACAGAAGUCGAUUUUCCACAUAGUGAUGCAGCACAUGCCUCAUGCCACUGUCGUAUAAAGGAGCUUGAAGACCUUGCAUCAACUCGCCUGCAAGAGAUAUCUGUGCUGUAUUCAAGAUUGGCUGAGGCAGAGAGCAUGACUCAUGAUGCGCUUCGAGAUCUGCUUGGUGUUAAAACUGACAUGCACAACAUUACGUCCAUGUCGGGUCAUCAGCAGAUCCAGCAGUUGGCAGAGACCGCGCGGCCAAAAAACGAAAAGUUUGAAGGAACGGAAGUAGAACUGUCCAGCUUAAGUUUGCAGAUCGACAGUUGCAGGGAAAAAAGAAAGAGCUGGAUAGAGGAGAUUAAUACCAGGAAGUGUGAGAUGGAGGCCACUCCUUCGCCUGUUGAGAAUUUAAGCCAAAGAGAGCAAGUAUUGACUGAUGAAAUUAAAAAGUUCAGAGCUGAGAAAGUCAAAUAUCAGGAAAAGAUUAGAGACCUUGAAAUGCAGAUCAGAAGAAUCCCGACUAGUCAACUGACUUUCCAUCAACAAAUUAACCAUCAUGCUAAAAUCAAGGAAGAAAACCAGGCUCUGAAACUGGCUAAUGAGAAGCUGAGCAAUGACCUGCGCCGAGCUGAGCUUCUGUAUGCUGAGGAAGCAGAGGAUAGUCGAGUCCAAGUAGAAGGAAAGCUCUCAUUACUAUGCACUGCCAUCAUGCAGGUAGCUGGACUGUCGAGUUCUGAAAAUGUGACCUCAUCGGAAGCCAUGGAUGCCCUUCAGUUACUUCAGCAUCGCCUUCGAACUACAGAGCAAGAGCUCUCAAGUUCAAAGUCUAAGGUGAAAUGCACAAGUGUGAGGAAAAGGCUUUCCGAUCCCCGGAUUAAGCACUCACCCUUAAGUUCCAUCAGCAACUACACGGACCAGCUCCGGCGAUCGUCUGGUCCCAGCUUUGCACCUCGUUAAACUGUGCUGUCUUGCACUGUAACUCUUAUUUUGUAACGACAAUGUACACCAUUGUGGAUCUCAAUGAGCAAACCAAUUUUAAUGUUCAUGUAGGAUAGAGUAGUAGUAUUCAAUGUAGAGAACUUUAUCUGAACUAUUUAAGUGCAAUUCACAGAGUGUAUCUUGGCACUGUUUAACGUACAAUUAAAAGCUUGCUUUGUUCACUGGCAUCUAGCACAAAGUCGAUGUUUUCACAAAUAGUGUCUUUUCCAUUUUUACUCUCCUCAGAAAAGAGUGAAGUAUAUGUUUGACAAACAUGCAACUCAAAUCAAUCAUUUUGCAAAGCACUGUCCUAGAGUUUCCUCGGACAUACUAAAUUAUAAAAUCAUAAAAUAAAUAAGUCAAAAACACAAUCAAAACAAUAUCAAUUUUGAACGCGAAAUUGUUAGCACGAACUGAAGGUUGUAUGCAUGUUCAAAAUGAAUUUUUUUUUUAAAUAAAAAUUACAAUUUUUGAAUGUGAAAAUUUGAUAUUGCAUUCAACGUACGCACUUACAAACUUAACACAAUAACCGAACGUAAAUAACUUUUCUCAAAAUAUAUACACAGAAUUAUUUUCAAAAUAAAUAACUUAACAGGUUUGUGGGAAUCGAUAUGACACUGUAAAACGAAGUAAGUGGGAAAUAAAAAAUUUAAAAAAAAUUAAAAAAAAAAAAAUGAAUUCAUGUCACAAUUGAUCUAAUAUGACAUAUCGAAAAGAUCUAACAUACUUCAAUUUUUUAAAGGUAAGGUCUAUGAAACACAAUUUACUGUACAGACAAAAUGUGUUUGUUUUUUUUUAAUGCACGUUUUGUCUGUACUUUUUUGGAGGCAAUGCGCGAGGUCACUUCUAAAGAUCUCUUCCAAAUAACUUGAUGAAUUUCCACACUAAUUGCAUUCAUUUUUCCACCACAUUCUCUUCAUCUUAGUUAAUGUGAUAUCGAACAAAGUCCACCCAUUAUUGAUUUGUUUCAGAUUUAAGUUAUGAUUUCAUAUGGGUUGAAC